AUGCAACACGGAGCUCUGCUCUUCAACUGCCCAAUCAAUCAACAAUUUGGCAGUUCUUUUAGUGCGCAGCAAAGUUCAGUCGUGCCUAGUACGGAUGGCAAAAAGCGUACGCGUUUCCGGCAUGGAAUAAUUAGAAAGAACGUGGACGAAGCGAUUCAGCUUUGGUAUUCGGCUAAAGUUCUUUCAUCUGGAGAUGGAGCAGUAGUAGAUCAAAUGGGCGUAGUAGAACAAGGGGUGUCAUCUACUUCUUCAGGUCCAGCAGGAGAUAGGUCUUCAGCCGCGACGACGGUUCAGUCUGUACUACGGGGUCUUAUGAAGCGUCAUAAUGCGCACAUUGCAGGUCGGUCCGAUGCCGCCAGGCCAGCAACUACUCUCAUACCGGGAUUGUUCGCACCGGUUAUGGAAGUGCGUGCUACUGAGCAAGUUGUACGACCAGUAGUUUCGGUUUCCGAGGGUGGAAAAAAUGGCGUUAAAAAUAGGUAUAAGAAUAUGGAGUCUUCUUCUUUUGGAGGUGUAGUUCAAAACUUCUACCAGACAGGUCAAACAACUCAUCUACUGACAUCUUCACUUAACCAAUGGGUUUUCCGAUUCGCAGUGAGCCCGGUCAACGUCGGUCGCUCUUUUGAAGCACAUGCCGUUCGUGCGGCCCUUCUCAACCUUGCACCACGUCAAGUAGCUUCUGGCGGUAGUUGUUGUGGUGCAUCGAAGACGAAGCAAGGAGGACAACAUCAAAUUGUCAAUGAAUUUCUUCGUGGAAAGACAAAGACGAGCACAAGCGAAGAAGCCGUACUUCUUUUCAAAUUUCGCGGCGACUGCGGAGAACCUUCUGGGGACUGGGGUACAAUGCUCGCACUUCUCAGAGCAUCAAUCAAGGACGUUAAACAGCAGCUCACAGCUAUUCUUCAGAGUAUUGAAGAAGAUGGACAUACUCCUGCUGUUGAAGGUGGAAAUGGCGAGGAGAGCGAAGAGUUGGUUGAAGCAGAAAGUAGUUCUUUCCCUUUAGGUUGUGCCUGGAGCAGUGCAAGAACAAGACCAGCAGCAAAAAAUGCUGCAGCAUCUUCAACAGUAACAGAAGGCUUGUUCUGGUCGUACUACGAUACUAACGAAGAUGGUCGCUUAGCCGCACUUGCUGUUUCGUUCAAAACACGUCAAGCAGAGCUGCAUCAAGCACAACUACUUGCUGAAGACCCUCGUCGAGACUUCCAUAGAGAAGAAAAAGGUCCUGAUGGCCUUUUCGCCGCAGAAAAGGAUCCGUUACUCAGGCUCGGUAGGGGUGUGGAGUUGGUGUAUUCCGUUCUAGCUUUUCUUAGAUGGCGAUUGAGCGAUGAAGAAGAUCGAGGUCCUUCAUUAAAAACAGGGUUGCGGGAGGAGCUGCGUGCAGGAGGUGCAGGUCGUGGAUCCCCUGAGUCGUGUGAUAGAACGGCAAGAGGUGGAACAGAAGGAGCACAUGAAGCUGGACUAGAUGCACAAAAGACAGUGCUCGGGGACCUGGUUCAGGACUCUGAGGAGCAAAGGAGACGUGCCCUUUUGGAGAAUGAAAAUCGUAGAAGGGUAGCAGUCUACUUGAAUGCACUCGAUGAAAUUACGCACAACGGUAGCGGGUCCUGUGCUGUCGGCUCGCCUCAUGCUCUUGAAACUACAACACAUGGCGAACAACCACAUCGGGAUGGCGUGUCACACCAGCCUAUAAAAAAGAUUGCUCCUGUUGAUCUCGAUGAUGUUCCUAGCCUCCAGCGCCGUGACCGCGACCUGCUCCAGCAGCAUGCUGACUCCGCCGAAAUGACUACGGAGGAUGAGCAUCAAUCGUUCUGGUGUGUUGAUGAUUAUGCAGUCCUCGUUGAAGAACAAGCACAAGGUGCUGUCAGAUCGGCUUUGAAAGAUGUGUCCUCAAAGCCGGGACGGGACGUUUUUCCAUGGCCGAUGCCUCCUCCAGCUUGCACAGAAAUCCGAUACAUCGAAGCAGGAAAAGCAGAAAAAAUGGUUCUGUAAACUGCUCAAAAAGUUGUUGAAGAUACUACACUACUAGAUGUAAUCGAUGGUUAUCUCGUCACCGUAACACUAACAAUGGACGAAAUCAGCACCACUUCAUUGGUGUACUAUGCUACUCAUAAAGGUAGUAGAAGAUCCGUGCUAUGUCUUACUUUGUGUCUAAUGAUGAAUCUACUCAGUGUCUAACGUUUCGACUCCAAGCACUUUCGAAAUUUGAGACCAUGCUGCAUCUCCAAUCUUCAUUCUAAACUGCAAUUCUUCCCAAAUUCAUGCCAAAGCUCGACAUCUUUUGAGUUUGGAGUUGAAAUUUGGACGAAUCCUCGAAAAAAUGGUUUUUUAUCGCUUGUUUUUGAAAUUGAUUUUCUGUUGAGCCCUUUUCUGUUCAUUUGUUUCAAGAUUAGACCAUGCUCCAAGGCCACACCAAACUUCAAUAGUGCUAUCUAAUGCAAUCACACCAGUCUUCAAUGAUGCAAUCGCACACAUUCUGUCUUAACGCAGCAAACUUCUCCACAUUGUGUGUGAAUACAGCUCAUAAUUGAUAGCCCUUCACCUUUCGUUUACUCUCUUCCCCAUAGUUGCCGUCGAAGGCUUCCUGUCCGAGCUUGGUUGCAUCAUUCACAAUCAUGAAGUUUUCUUCUACAACUGGGCAGCAUGUUGAAGAUGUUAAAACUGACAAAGAUGUCUUGUAUUACACUAGGAUAUGCAUAAUAGCAAGCUCUAUAUUCUACUUGUGAACUACAACGGUCGUGCGACAGAAGCUUCUAUUGCGUUUGCGUGCGACGCAUUAUGUGUUAGCGAACAGAAAGUAGAGCAUGAUGAUGCAUUCGACAAAUUCGAAUGGUCUUCUUAUGUCAUCUAUAAUACUUGGGUCUAGAAGAAGCCUACCCGUGGCCCAGUCUACAAG